AUGUCGCGUUUUAAAUGUAACGUUUUUCGUUUCAAAAAUCAAGUCCCAGCCUCUGAAAAAGUGAGACUGGUACUAGACGUUGAUGGAACUCAAGUAGAAGACGGAGAAUAUUUUCGAACACUUCCAAAUAAUACCGUUUUAUUAUUGCUUCGACAUGGAGAAAGAUGGCAUCCGCAAGAAGUUGAUGUUAUUCCAAUCUCUGCGAUACCAAAGAUAGUGUGUGAAACAAUUCACGCACUGGAUUUGCACGAUGAGACUCCCUCUUGGAAAAUUAUGGACAACAAGGGUCGAGUCACGGUCGUGCUUCAUUGGGAUCAUCCCAAAGGAUCAACAACAUCCCAAUUGCCAAAAGCUUCGCCUUUGAAAAAACAGCCAUCACUUGUAAUACAAACUAGUGUGGAUAAAUCUGGUACGAUUAUAACGCCAAGUGGGAAAAAAGAAACGUUAAUUAACGAUGUAUAUACACCUCCGAGAUUUUCGUCCAGUCCUCAGAUCACGGUUAUUAAUCACGAUGAGUUACGAAAGAGUUCCUACAAUCCUCCUCAUCGAUUGCAAAAAGGUUCUUCGGCGGAUGGCGCCAUACACGUUCACACUCCCGAAUGUGCGAAUCAUGGGGGAAAUCAUCCGAUGGCGAGACCCGGAAGUCCCGGUCUCGAUGCAAUCGAUUGCGAUUUUCAUUGUUGUGCACUUCACGAAGAGGGUAGGAAAAUUGCCGUGUGUAAAUCAGUCGUGACAAGUCCCAUACAGGAUGCUCAACUUCAAACAUCUCCUCAAAUGUCUUCUUUAUCGGAGGGUCGGAGAACGGGUAUGCCUAAACAACACGUACGGUUUUUAGAUGUCGAAGGUGGAGGAAUGAUGCGAACUUCGCAGGCGGAACACGACUCAUCCGAAAGUGAAAACGAAAAUACAAUUAUGGAAGACGAACAAAUAACUUCUGAAAAAUUUUUACUAUUGAUAGAUCAACUAAGUGUCGAACAAAAAAAACAUUUAACGAUAAAAGACAUUGGUGUUAUACUCGAGAGACUAUCAUCGAAAAUUGUUGACGUUGAGAGAUUAGAUAGAGAAUCGGAAAGUGAUGAUUGUUACAAUUGGACAAUAAAAGCAACCAUCAGAGGAAACGUAUUGAGAGAACUGGGAGUUUUGUAUAAUGGUAAUUAUUAUGCCAUCAGCGAACAUCCGGGAUACAAGGAAGAAUUGGAAACAAAUCGUGAGGAUGUAGAAGACGAAGAAGAAGAAGAAGAGGAUAGGCUUUAA